AAUAACAUGGCUGCGCUCAGCCGAGCUAGACACCGUUGGAAACGAAUCAAUUGGUGUCAUCUUUUGACCAGAAACUUGUCAGGGAAGUAUGACUAUGAUGUGGUCGUUAUUGGAGGUGGUUCAGGGGGGCUUGCCUGUUCCAAGGAAGCUGCACAACUUGGACAGAAAGUUGCUGUUCUGGAUUAUGUUGAGCCCUCUUUGAAAGGCACCAGGUGGGGUCUUGGUGGUACAUGUGUUAAUGUUGGCUGCAUACCUAAGAAACUCAUGCACCAGGCGGCUCUCCUUGGGACUGCAGUCAGAGAUGCUAAGAAGUAUGGCUGGCAACUCUCAGAACCAAUUUCCCAUGAUUGGGUCAUCAUGGCCGAGGCCAUUCAAAACCAUGUCAGGUCUUUGAACUGGGGUCACCGGGUCCAGCUCCAGGACAAGAAGGUGAAGUAUCUGAACAUGAGAGGUAGCCUUGUGGAUGACCACACAGUCAAAGCAAUAACAAAAGCAGGGAAAGAGAUGACCUUGAGUGCCAGGAACAUUGUGAUUGCUACAGGUGGCCGACCCAAAAUCCCCACAAAUAUUCCGGGAGCAAUGGAACAUGGUAUCACCAGUGAUGACAUAUUCUGGAUGAAUGUAUCGCCUAGAAAAACGCUUGUGGUUGGAGCGAGCUACGUAGCUCUAGAGUGUGCAGGCUUCCUCACAGGCACCGGCUUGGACGCCACGGUGAUGGUUCGAAGCAUCGCCCUCCGGGGUUUUGAUCAGCAAAUGGCAGGAUUAGUGACAGACUACAUGGAGUCUUAUGGAACCAAAUUUGCAUGGAAGUGUGUCCCCAAGAGAGUGGACAAACUUCCAUCGGGAGCCCUUAAAGUGACGUGGCAUGAUGCCCUGACUGGCAACGAACACAGUGACACAUACGAUACUGUGUUGUGGGCAGUUGGUAGAGCUCCUGAAACUAAAGCUCUUGGUCUCAACAAGCUUGGUGUACAACUCAACAAGGAGACUGGGAAAAUAAUUGUGGGGCCGGAUGAAUCUACCUCUGUGCCAAACAUCUAUGCGUUUGGGGACAUAGGGCAGGGUCGUCCUGAAUUGACACCGACGGCUAUUAAAGCAGGAAAACUCCUCGCUCGCAGACUUGCUGGCCACAGCAGAGAGAUCAUGAACUAUGACAAUGUGCCAACCACUGUGUUCACCCCUCUUGAAUACGGCUGUGUGGGCCUAUCAGAGGAGGAGGCCGAAAUUAGGCAUGGGAAAGACAACAUAGAGGUUUACCAUGCCUUCUAUAAGCCUCUGGAAUUCACUGUGGCAGAGCGUGAUGCUAGCCAAUGUUACUUAAAGGUGAUAUGCAAGCGGGAUGGAGACCAGAAGAUAUUGGGUCUGCACUUUACUGGUCCAAAUGCAGGAGAAGUCACGCAGGGUUUCGGGAUGGGCCUCCAGUGUGGAGCAACAUAUUCACACCUGUUGAGGACAGUGGGAAUCCACCCGACCUGCGCUGAGGAGCUAACCAAGGUCAACAUCACAAAAUGUUCAGGAUUGGAUGCCACAGUCACCGGCUGCUGAGGUUAAAGCCCCGGUCUCUGAACAUUGAGCACACAGGGUAGAAAAGGGGUCGAUGCGUCCAAAGAAUAUUGGUGGUUUAGCCUGCGCUUUCUUUUUGGUCCGUUUCCUCACCACAUGAUCCUCCCUAAUUUAUUUGAUUAAAAAAGAUGACCAAUGUGUUAAAUGUGUGCACGUUGAGUCAGAAUAUUCGCAAAGAGGUGUGUGUGUGAAAGCCUCUGCUGCAGAGAUUUUUGAAGGAAGGGGCUCAUAAAUCAGGAUUAAAUCCUGUUCUCAGGGUGUCGUUGAAAUAAUCCGAGAAACAAAGCAGGUUCUAACAUUUCUCUGGAAAUAUAUUCUACUAAUAUUGUUGUUACUGUGGCUGUACUUCCUGUCCAUUAGUCUUUAAGGUGACACAUACCAUAACCCUCCCCCUACACGACGCCCCCUAUGACACUGAUGGAUGGCCCCUGGGCCGUCGCCACAACGACACCACCUCAUUUCCCAUGGACAGAUACAAACAGUCGCUGGUCAGUCACCCUGGAAAGACUUGGCCAGAGAGACGGACCUCUCUGAUGGUCUAGAAUGGUCCGGGUAUACCUCACCCUAGCCUACCAAACUCUCUGGCACAACAUAAAACUAUACCGCAGAAUGGUAAACAUCUGCAGGCUGAGCAUACAGUACUCUAAGGGCAUCACUGCACUAGCAGCUCUGCAAGAGCAGUAUUACUCAGUGUUACCCUUAGGUGGCACUAUUGCCUGCUAAUUUUCUUGAGUGGAAAAGAGAAGAUAAGGUUGUCACUGGAUAAAACCUAAGAUCCAAUACAUUUGUCCAGCAUGUUUAAGUCCCUUAAUCCCCACAAGUGAUAAUGCUUUUUUGUUGAAGUUGCAUAGUAGAUGGGAUUGAUUCGUGCCCCAACUGGUAAGUCUUAUCUUUUGUGUAUUUACAUGGAUGGAAGGUUAGUACUCAGUAGUCAUCACCCUCUAAGAUAAGAUGAGUUGUUUAUAUCAAUAGCCAUAACAGCAGAUAAAAGAGUUUCCCAAAUUGCCCAAAUGUUCAACCUGCUGACUGAACUGGACAUCCUCAACCUAUCUUUUUAGGCACAUUGGGAGGUGAGCCUGAAAGGGGUUGCUACACAAGUUUGGUGACCGAAAUGGUGGGUGUAGUUUAUUUUUUAUCUGCCCGGUCUGCUUAAUGAUUCUGAUGAGGGGAGUGACAGCAUGCCUGGUGAUGGAAAAAGAGAGAGCAGGCUACCAGGUUUAUUUGGACCUGGUCUGGGAGAGUACGAGCUGAGUUUCAGCUUGGUUGGGGAAGGA